UUCACGUUUAAUUUAUGGUUUAAUUUUAUAUUUAUUUUUUCCUCUACAAAAUAUGUUUUUUAAAUAAAUCUAUUCCUCUAUCGCAUAUAACCUUAUUUCACUCCCAAACAACAUGUAUAUACUAGUUAAUGUUUGAGGAUGAGUUAAUAAUGGUUGAAAAUGAGUUAGUUUCAGGUGAAUCUACUCGAAAAGUGCUAACUUGUACUGAGAAGGAUUACUUAAAUUCCUUAAUAUCUCUUGAUUUAAACGAUUCCCUAGCAUUUUCUAAAGUUGUAAACUCCUCAGAAGAUGAGACUGAACUGUAUGUGGAAGCGCUCCUAAAGAGGCUAAAUAGCUUAGACGAGGACAUUUGGUAUUCCGUUGAAACGAUUCAAAGUAAUGUUUGUAACAGACUAACUCGAUUGUAUGAUUUAUUUUACGAAAAAUCUAAAAAUUCUACUCCCACUGAUUCACAAUUAUUUGAAAGUGUUUACACUGGAUUGAAGAGAGUUGAGGAUUUAUCACUUGCUAUUAAGAGUAAAUAUGACAAAACUCACAAGUUAAGAGAGUUGAAACGGUUAAAAAAUAUCCUAAUUGCUAAUCAAAAGGUGCUUUCACUCAUUUAUAACUGGGACAACUACAUCAAAUCGAUCCAAUCCAUCUUCUUACAAUAUACCAAUACACGCAAUGAACUUACUGCCAAGUAUAGUAAUUUGAGUGAUGGCAUGAAUAAGAGUGAAUUUUAUUUUAUUUUAAAGUCUGAGGGGUUUACAUUAAGUGAUUUGGAUAGACUAAAAUCAAUAAUAUCGCAUCUUAAACUUGAUUAUGACACUUGUUUGGACAACCUCGUCAACACCAAUGUUUCCCAAACUCUUUCCAUUAUCAUGGAUAAAUAUUACAUUAUACUUCAGGAUUUUACUUCUGAUAUUGUUAACUACCUGAUAACAAACUGUGGUAGCACUAGAAAUGACUCAUUUAAUCCCACAUCCGAUUCUAUUUUAGUUGAUACAGUAGAUUCAGUUGAUGCUCUGGGUGAAUCUGUUAAGGAGAAACUGGUUAAGUAUGUGGAAUAUUAUAGCGUUGAUGGAACACUGAAUUACAGUUGUUUGAAUCGUCAUUUAAAGAAUAAACUUGAGGAUCUUUUCAUGAACCACUUUAAAACCCUUUCAGAAACCUCGUCUUUAAACCUUUUUUCCAACACCUUAACCCUCAAUUUUUCACUUAUGGAUAAGGUGCAGUCAGUUUUAAAUGCGUUUUUCAACUACUUUUUCACCUUUUUUAUCACAUUUAAGGCAUCUUACUACUUCAUUAUGUCACAUCAGCAAAACGAAAAUGUAAUGGAAAUGUAUAAUAAAUUGAUUCUGAAUGUAUUGUUAAAGUGUAUAUUGAACAGUAAUGUGUAUAACUCAAUUUUGAGGAGUGAAGAGGUUUACGAAUGUGUUAAAAGUAUUCUUAACAUUUACAAUGAAAUAUUCAAUAAAUGCCAAUACUACAUUGAUCAUCUUCAUUUAAAUCAACACAUUGAAAGUGCAAAUUUAAUCCCGUUUGACAUUUUGGACAAUUACACCUGUUAUGUAUACAAUCAACAGGUUACUAAUACAGAGCUAAUGAAAUAUAAUAGUUUGGAGGAUUGUGUUUACAAUUUUAAGCUUCUAGUACCCACUCCCUACAAUGUUAACUGUGUUGAUCAAAAGCCUGAAGUACUCCUGUGGCUAACCGUAUAUUGUAAAUUAAAUAAUUUGAAGGUUGAAUAUGACAAGUAUGUCGAGAGUUGUUGUAAGUACAUUAAAGAAUAUUUCAGCUCACUGGUUCCAAAAUUUGAGACAAAUCCCAUAAACACAAAGUUUGAACACAGCUUGCGGGACUUUGUACUAGCACUAUUAGAAACUCAUAGGUCACUUGCUGAAAACGUUCACCAACUUUUACUUUCUGCGACGGUGUCGUUGGAUAGUAAAAUUGACUUGAAUGUUUACAACAGUUUGAGGGAGAAUCAUGACUGGAAACUGGCACCCCAGCUUUUACAACCCUUCAGACAACUGGUUUUUUCCACCAGUAAACACUCGGACUUGAUGGACCAGUUUGAAGUUAAGACACUUUUAUUCACAGCAUCGCAAUCAAUUUCAAAGUACAUUUCCACCAAUGUAACAUUUUUAAUAAAGAAUUUGUAUGAAGCUACUUCUGAUGGUGUCCAAACCAGUGGAGUUAACGUGUACAUUGAGUACAUUGGAGAAUAUUACAUUAACUUGUUAUCCAAGUUUUGUGAGCAUAACGAGACCUUUAAAAUUCUCCAAAAAUCACUGGAAAUGUUCAUUGACGAGGAAUUUGAAAAUUUAACCAGGCUCAAGAAUCAAAAGGACAAUAUCCAGUACCUCAUCAAAAUCGCAAAACUUCUCAACAUCAACACCAACGACUCACUGUCAAUGCUUCUCUAGUCUUCAAAUCACUGUACAAUAAUAAUUUUAAUACUAAUUUUAGUGCAAUAAUAUAAA